GCUUUCAGAAGUCCUGAACUGAACAUAGAAAAUAAUACUAUAUAAAAAUAUAAAAAAGGAAGGUCACUUCAAUGAAUUAUACUAGUAUUAUUUUCCAAUUCAGAAAGCAACCCCAUUUCUUCUAUUCUUGAUUCUUUGUGCUAACUCUCUUGUCUUCUAAGUCAAUAAACAGUGAAGAAGAUUACAAGUUCUUGAAAAGAAGAGGAUUAGGUAGUAGCUAUUUCAUCUUCUACGUUUACCAUCUGAUUUAUUUUUAUUUGUUUGUUACAUAUUGAGGUAAUAAUUGUUUGAAAUAUAGAAGACAAAAGGACUAUAUUUCAAAGAGGGGUUGUUGUGAAUUACCUCAGAUCCAGGGUACUGAAGUUUUAUCAGAAAAAGGGUACCUGCUUUUUUGUGCUUUCAUGUGAUUCUUGGUAAUUGGCUUUAAGCUUUUCAUAGGUUAAUUCACAUGACCCUUUCCUUGUUACCAGUCUUUCUUGUCAUUAAAGACUAAGGAUUUAUGUAAAGUUUGGUUUUUUAUCUUAUUACCCAUAUUAAUUGAGUGGAUGUAAGGAUCUCUAGUGAAUAUUGUUAUGUUCUGAGUAUAUAUAGUUGAAGAAGAAGUUAGAUUUUGCACCAAAAAAGGGGGUUCUUGUUGUUUCUUUUUUGCUAAACAGAACUGAUUACCAAUUUCUGCCAAGCAUCCUGAUUAAUGGGGCGCCGCGCAAUGUAAAAGAAUGGUCUUUUACUAGUUGAUUUAAUUAGGCAUGGAAAAUGGUAUGCUGAAGCUCAUGAUAGGACUAUUACUGAUUCUAAAGAGAGGUGAUGAAUUAGUUUAACAAUGAAAGGCAGUUUAGUUUUAGAGGGGGUGGUCAACUUUUACUGCUUUCAAUAUAGUGAGUUCGAUGAAGGAGAUGUAUCCGGCGGUUGCAGUGCCAUUUAUAUUUGGUAAUUUGAUCUGUCAUAACCCAAGCUUAGGAAGUUAUAUGGAUUUUACUAGGCUAAAGUCGAUGGAUGAUACGGCGAGCUUGUAUUCUAAUUCUGAGACUAAAACUUUGGCAGACUCAGUUUCUGGUGGCAAUGAUGAUUGCGGCUCUGCUGAUUCAGAGAGUGACCUUAGUAUUACAGUAUCAUCUGUGCCUGAAGAGAGCAGGAGUGAAGGGACUAUGUCGCUUGAUGUGAUUUCUGAAAAUGAAAGCAACUGGAUUGCUGGUGAUGAUGAUUCCUUUUCAUUGGAAGGUGAUCAGAUUCUUGAUAGUUCGUGUUCCUUGUCAGUGGUGAGCGAUUGUAGUAGUAUAUGCGCUGAUGAUUUUAUAUGUUUUGAGAUAGCGUCUGAUAUAGAAGGUCAGGAUUUCGUAGAUUCUCAGAAAAUCAUCAGCCAUGUCGAACUUAUUGCUAAGACUGAGGUUCUAGCUGAGUCAGAUGUUGAGGAUACUGUGACUAGACUCGUGGAAGCUUCCAAUGGACUUGAAGAGCAGAUCUCAAAAUCAUCUGAAGUUGUAGUUCAGCUACCCCUAGAUAAAGGCUUGAGUGCAACAGUCAGCCGAAGUGUUUUUGAAGUGGACUACAUACCCCUAUGGGGAUAUACAUCCAUCUGUGGAAGGAGACCAGAAAUGGAAGAUGCAUUUGCAACUGUUCCUAGAUUCUUGAAAAUUCCUCUACAGAUGCUAAUUGGUGAUCGCGCGUUUGAUGGACAGCCUAGUCGCUUAAGUCAUUUGACGACUCAUUUCUUUGGAGUUUAUGAUGGCCAUGGUGGUUCUCAGGUGGCAAAUUACUGCCGAGACCGGAUGCAUGCUGUUUUGAUUGAGGAGUUGGAAACUAUUAUGACAAAUCUCAGUGAUGAAAGUAUGAGGCAAAGUUGCCAAGAGCACUGGAGAAAAGCAUUUACCAACUGUUUUCUUAAAGUUGAUGCUGAGAUUGGAGGGGGAGAUAGUCAUGAGCCUGUUGCCCCAGAAACUGUAGGCUCCACAGCGGUUGUUGCCAUUGUUUGUUCAUCUCACAUUAUAGUGUCAAACAGUGGCGAUUCAAGGGCUGUUCUGUGUCGUGGGAAGGAACCCUUGGCAUUGUCAGUGGAUCACAAACCAAACCGAGAAGAUGAAUAUGAAAGGAUUGAAGCAGCUGGAGGCAAGGUGAUACAGUGGAAUGGCCAUCGUGUUUUUGGUGUUCUUGCAAUGUCUAGGUCCAUCGGAGAUAGAUACUUGAAGCCUUGGAUUAUUCCUGAUCCAGAAGUAACGUUCAUACCUCGAGCCAAGGAUGACGAAUGCCUUAUUCUUGCGAGUGAUGGUUUAUGGGAUGUCAUGACAAAUGAAGAAGUUUGUGAUAUGGCUCGUAAACGCAUACUUAUGUGGCAUAAAAAGAACGGUGUAACGCUCCCCAUGGAAAGGGGCGAAGGAAUUGAUCCAGCAGCACAGGCUGCAGCAGAGUGCUUGUCGAAUCGAGCUCUUCAAAAGGGCAGCAAGGACAACAUAACUGUGAUUGUGGUGGACUUGAAAGCCCAAAGAAAGUUUAAGAGCAAAACCUAACAUAAUUGGCCUCUCAAUCUGCUGUUUCAUUUAUUAUAGAUUUGCAGUAUAAACUAAAUAUGGUUCAAAUUGUAGUCAAGCCCUUACAUUUUUCAACUGGGAAUCUGGGAUAAUGGCUUUUAUUGGAGUAGGUUUCUGUAUGUAUUUUAGUACAUGCUCCAUUCUGUAUGUAAUUUUCUUCUUUUAGUUAUUUGAAAUAGGAGCAACUACAUUAUUAUAAUCAAAUGUAAUGGUCAUUAUGCCUCAAAGUGUUAAAAGGUUCUAUGAGGUAUUUUAACCUAUGUUACUUUGACAUUGUAGAUUCAUAAUAAGCAAUUCAGAGUAGAGUUUUUUCGUCUA